AUGGGCACUGUUUAAGCUUUUGUGAAUUAUAAUACCGAAUUGACUUUCACUUCUGAUUUAAAUGAUUAAAUUUAAUGUUGUGGAACAAUCUCUCAUCCAGCAUUUGGAAAUAUCCAGUUAUGGAAAAUUAAGAAUAAACCCUCUCUCGAACUAUUUUCUUUUGUAAUAUACAUCAAUAACUUAAGACUAGACAUUUAUACUUUUAAGAUUCCAUUUUAUUAACUAUUCAUUCAAAGAGAACCUAAUUAUAGCAUCCAAAUCUAUUAUAAUAUUAUGCCUGUACUCAAAACUCUCCUUCAUAUUGUGGAAAUGUAGAAACAUAAUAAUUAUAUUUUGAAUAUAUUCCACAAACAUUAUCAUAAUAUUUAUGUGCAAGAUCAGAACCUUUUAGAGAAAUUGAAGUUUGGAGGGUAAUCUAUUAAAUUCUAAAUUAUUAGUCACUUGAAUAGUUAGUCAGUGUACUAAAAUACUUGUAAAACAAUGCAUAAUCUCAUGGAAAAAUUACCUUAGAUCAGAUAUUCAUAACUUCAGAUUAAAUUUUAAAAACACUGGAUUAAAUUACAAUUUAAUCAACUAAUUAAUAGAUAAAAUAAGAUGUUUAUGAUCUAGCUAAAGUUAUAAUUGAACUUAUGACUAAAAAGAGUAACAUUUAUUAAUAUACUAGAAUUUCAUGCAAGUUUAAAAGAAACAGUAAUAUCUUUAUCAUCUGAUUAUUCUUAAUAACUACUACAAUUAUUAGCCAGAAUGCUUAAUAAUAUACCUGAAAAAAGACCAGAUUUCAUAGAAUUAUCUGAAAUUCUAUACAAUAGAUAAUAUAGAUCAACUAGUAAAGAAUAUGAAAUAGCUUUAAAUUCUUCAAUAAUUAAAUUUCAAUAGAACUCUUAGAAUCAUUCUUUAAAUUAAAUGAUAAAUGUAAGAACUAAUUAAAUAUUCAAUAAAAAUCUACACUAAACAUAACUAUCACCUUAUAAAAUAAUUCAAUUAUCACCUUAAGGAAAUAUUAUUAGGUAGUUUUCACCAUAGAGAAUAGUUUAACCUAUCAAAAAAGAGGUAAUCUACUCCUAAAAUAAACAAUCAUAUUAACAAUUAAAUGGUUUAUAUAGAACUUCAAGCCCUCCAAAAGGAAAUAAAGCUAGCUCUUAGGCUUCAACAAUUAGUUAUAAUGCUUCACUAAUUUAUAGGACUUAAUAAUAUCCUUUAUCCACUCAAAGAGCAAGCAGAUCAAAUAAACUCUUUAUUGCUUAACACAAUAGCGAUGUGAAAAGAAGGCUAUUUAAAGAUGAUUUGAAUUAGACUUCUACAAGCUAACCUCCUAUUGAAAUGGUAUUAUGA